CCCCGCCCCCGGCCCGCCCAGACCCUUGGCCCCGAGCGGAUGGCGCCUGCAGCGGGACGCUGGGCCCCCGGCCUGUGGCGGGCCUGCAACGGGCUCAUGGCCGCCUUCUUCGCGCUGGCGGCCUUGGUGCAGGUGAACGAUCCAGAUGCAGAACUGUGGAUGGUGGUGUACAUGAUCCCUGCUGUGCUGACCUUGCUUGUUGGACUUAACCCCCUUGUCACGGGCAACAUCAUUUGGAAGAGUAUCUCUGCUAUACACACAUUCCUGUGUAUCCUGUGGGCUGUCGGCUUGGCGGGCCACCUCUGGCUUCAUUCACAACAGAACGUCUUACAUGAGGAAGAAGGCAGGGAACUGUUUGGUCUGGUGAUUAUCACAGCAUGGAUGAGCCUAUGUCACAGUUCAUCAAAGAAUCCAGUUGGUGGAAGAAUUCAGUUGGCUACUGCCAUUGUAAUCGCUCUCUUCCCAUUUCUCUCUUGGGUCUACAUAUACAUAAACAAGGAGAUGCGGUCCUCCUGGCCAACUCACUGCAAGACAGUACUUUAAAUGAAGCCAAGAAUCCCAUUAUUAAAAUGAGUAUUGUCAAUCAAUUUUUUAUAAACAUGCUUGUAACAAGCCAAUUUCCUAGGAACUUCAGGUAAUCUCAGCUAAUAUUAGAGGUAAUUAAAAAAAAAUGCCAAGAACUUUCUGAGGAUGUCUACGGUACGGCAUAGAGUUGCAUGGAACUGGUAAGAGAGGGGUCUGAUAUUCGAUUGGGUCCCCGUAGAGUAGAGAAGGCCACAGAACAAAAGUGAAGAGAUAUAAAUUCUGACUCAGCUUACCCCUGUCUAUAUGACUUGGGCAAAUAUAUACACCUCCUGGCGGAUAUGUCUUCAUCUGUAAGACAGGAUUAAAACCAGAUCCCCUACUUACUUAAUACAGUUGCACGGGAUUAGAGUGGAUAAUAUGAGAGCCUCCAAAAUUACCAAGUGCUUAUAAGGGGCUUACAGGUGAUUAAAACAGAAGAAAACAGGGUUUCGGUGGAAUGAUAGAAACAGAGAUUCAAGAGAGGGCUGUGCCCCCGAAAUGAACUCAUUAUACUGGACCCGUGCAGUGCAGUGAGCUCAAUGAUGCCCAAGGAACGAGCACAUCUUGGAAAGAGAGAGUUAGGUAGAAUAAAGGAAUUUGGGACCAGAAGGAAACGGAAUAUUCACUACAUGGUAAAUGAGAAGUAUGACCAAAAUCGAUAUUUUUUUAAAUGAAUGUCAAAGGUAACCCUGGGGAGAAGACCAUCUGGGAGCUGUACUCUCCAACCUGGCGACUUAUGUUACCAUAACCGUGGUGCGCACACACACGACGUGGUAACAUGACCGCAGUGCGUGCACACACGCGUGACACGGUGACAUCACCACGGUGCAUACAAACGUCACGUAACAUGCUAACAUAACCAUAAGAUGUAGCACUGAGCACUUGGAAUGUGGCUACACUGAGGAAGUAAAAUUCUACGGUUUUCACUUUAAUUUUAUAACAUGUCGAUUCAGUUAUUAGAAAAGUUAGAAAUGUGUCUGCAACGCUUGUUUUAAGUGUGUUUGGAACAACAUGGUUAUGUGAAUCUGCUUAAUUCCAGUUUUUAUAUCUAAAUAUAGAUGAAGUAUUAACAGUGAAAAUGUGGCGUCCCAAUGGAGGGGUUGCUUGUAUAAAACACACACUGGAUUUUAAAGACAUAGUACAAAAGGAAUAUAAAAUAUUCUCAUAUUGAUUACAUGUUGAAAUAUUUUAGCCGUAUUUGCGUUAAUAUAAAAUAUAUCAUUAAAAUUUGUCAUCUGUUUCUA